AAUAUAUAAUCAAAUAUCCUAAUAAUAAUUUUAUGUACGAGAUAUAGGUCACCGGUAAGGAAUGCAGCGACUUUCCAUAUACGGACGGACGGAUGAUGCACUGUGACUGAACUUUGGACUUGAUAGUGUUAAUUGUAAUCGCGAUUAUAUUUUAAAGUCUAUUUUUAUUUAUUUUUUAAUGUGUUAUGUUCUUUAUGUGCACAGGUACAAGAAUAUUUUACUCUACGUUAUGGUGGUAAGUGACUAAUGGAAACUAUUAUAUCAUUGUAUGAGGAAUUAAAGAAAAUUAGAGUAUAUUUAAUUAAAUUAGGAGCCAGUCGAAGAACGGAAAAAGUGUUAGUAAACAAAUUAAAUGAGAUUAAUGCAAUCUAUGAGAAAUAUGAGACGUGGCUGAUAGGUUUUGAAGAAAAACUUAAGAGAAAAUAUUAUAGUUCGGAUGAUAUUAUAUUAAUCAAAAAUUAUUGUAGUCGAUUUUUAGAGUUACAUGAAAAUAUUUUAGUGUUGUGUAAUAGUGAUAAGCCGAAGUCAUCGUUCAACAUGAAUUCUUUUGAUUUAAAAACGGCGUUAAAUCUUUUACCUAUUAUGACAAAUGAGGAGUCGAAUACAAAACAGUUGAUUGAUAACAUUGAAUAUUAUAAUACUUUAUUGAAAGAAGAUACAUGUAAACAAAAUUUAAUUAAUUUCGUAUUAAAAAGUAGGCUUUCUCCUGAAGCUAAGUUAAAAUUAAAAUCAAAAUAUGAAUCAGUUAAUGAGUUAAUUAUUGAUAUGAGAAAUGUAUUAUUGUGUAAGAAAGCUGCAACGGCAAUACAAAAUAAAUUACAAAAAAUUAGACAAAAUGACUUGUCAAUUGCUGACUAUGGUAAAGAAAUAACGGAACUAUUUGUUGAUUUAACGAUAACGCAAGCUGACGGGAAUGAUCAAUGCUAUAAAAUAUUAAAACCUAUUAAUGAAAAAAUGGCUGUUAAGCAAUUUGCUGACGGCUUGCGUAAUCGUCGACUUAGUACGAUUAUUUCUGCCAGGAAUUAUAGUUCACUUAAAGAUGCUGUACAGGCAGCCCAAGAUGAAGAAGUAUCAAUUCCUUCAACAUCUGGAGAAAUCAUGGGUAUGUACAAGAAACCAUACCAUAAUAAAUAUUUCAACAAUGGUUCAAAUUAUUAUAGAAGCUGGCGUGGAGGACGUUGCCGCUAUCCUGUACAUAGAGGAAGAGCUCGAGGACAGCAAGCAGCUCAUCUAGCUUCUCGAGGACAAGGGUCACGAGGUCAGUACACGCGAGGAAGUAGCGGAGGUCCACAGCAGAGAGGUAAAUUUUUUAAUUCAACUAGAGGAAAUCAAGGGAUGCGUAAUAAUCGUAAUAUUCAUUUAAUGCAUGAUAAUGAUAAUAAUAAUUUCGAAAAAUUUGAAGAGUCAGAACUUUCUUUGAAUCAGUUUUUUCGUGAGGAAUAGUGAAAAAUUUAUUUUAGCCAGUGAUAGUAAUUGUUAUAUUUCUUUACUUUCAUCAUCAUGUAAUAAUUAUAACAAAAAAUAUUUUUUAGUAGAUUCUGGAGCAUCAAUAUCGGCAUGUACGUAUAAACAUGCUAUAGAAUGUAACAUUCCAAUCCAUAAGGAGAAUGUAACAAUCAACGGUUUAGGUGGAAGUGUACAAGCAAUAGGAUACUUAUUUUUACCAUUAACUUUUAAUAAUGAAACAUUCAAUCAUAAGUUUUUUGUUUUUCAAAAUUUACCAAUUAAAGGAAGUGGAAUUUUAGGCCGUGAUUUUUUAAAUAGAUGCAAAGCUCAAUUAGACUUCAGUAAAAAUACUUUGACAUUAUUUAUUAAUUCGAAAAUUACUUUACCUUUAAUAAAUACAUGUAAUGUUAUUUUUGAGAUCCCAGCUAGAAGCGAGUCAAUACAUUUUAUACAUACGGACAUUAAUGAAGAUUGUGUCAUAUUAUCUCAAGAAAUAAAACAUGGUAUAUUUUUAGCAAGUUCCAUAUGUUCACCAAAAGAUGGAUUGAUUCCUGUUAGAAUACUUAAUGUUACUGAAAAUGAUGUUCAACUCACAGAAAUAAAUCCAAAAAUUGAUAAAGUUAGUAACUAUAAUAUUUGUGAAUUUGAAAAGUCAACGACCGAUUCAAAUAGAGUGAAAAAACUUUUCUCAUUAAUGAAAUUGCAACAUUUAAAUAUUGAGGAACAAAAAACUAUUGAGAACAUUUGCGCUAAAUAUUCAGAUAUAUUUUACCUCCCUGGUGAUAAAUUAAGUACUACUGAUGUAUACACACAUACUAUUUCUGUCAAACCUAAUACAAAUCCAAUCUUUUCAAAACAAUAUCGUUUGCCAUACUCUCAAAAGGACGAAAUUAAACGCCAAAUUGAUAAAAUGUUAGAGGAAGGGAUAAUUGAACCUAGCAAGAGCGAUUGGUCUAGUCCAAUACUGUUAGUACCUAAAAAAUCAGAUUCAACAGGAGACAAAAAAUGGAGGCUUGUCGUAGAUUAUAGGAAAUUGAAUAAUCAGAUUGAAGACGAUAAAUUCCCACUACCAGAUAUUACUGAAAUUCUGGACUCGUUGUCAGGUAGCAUUUAUUUCACACAUUUAGACUUGCAUCAAGGAUACUAUAAUGUUAAUUUAGAUGAAAACAGUAGAAAAUUUACAGCUUUCCAUUCAGGACAGUAUCAGAUGACACGUAUGCCAAUGGGACUUAAAACUAGCCCAAGUUCAUUUUCCAGAAUGAUUACAUUGGCAAUGGCUGGUCUAAAUUAUGAAAAAUGUCUAAUUUAUUUAGAUGACUUAAUUGUUUUUGGCCGUAAUUUAACAAUUCAUAAUAAAAAUUUACAAGAUGUUUUUGAAAGAUUACGUCAGGUCAAUUUAAAAUUGAACCCAGUAAAAUGCGAUUUUCUUAAAAAAGAAAUUUUGUAUUUAGGUCAUGUGAUUUCUAAUGAAGGUAUAAUGCCGGAUCCUGCAAAAAUAUCUGCAGUACAAAAUUAUCCAGUUCCUACAAAUUCAGACGAAGUAAAAAGAUUUGUAGCUUUCACGAAUUACUAUAGAAAAUUCAUACCAAAAUUUGCAGAAAUCGCAUAUCCUUUAAAUAAAUUAACUAGAAAAGGCGUACCAUUUGAAUGGAAUACCGAAAGUCAAAACUCUUUUGAAAAACUAAAAGAACUACUAAUAAGCCCACCUGUGUUACAGUAUCCCGAUUUUUCGGAACAAAAUAAAUUUAUAGUACAAACUGAUGCUUCAAAUAAUGCUAUAGGAGCAAUUUUAUCAAACAAAAAUGGACGACCAAUAGCUUAUGCUAGUAGGAGCUUAAAUAAAGGUGAAAAGAAUUAUCCAGUGAUAGAAAAAGAAUUGCUAGCAAUAGUAUGGGCUGUGAAGUAUUUUCGUCCAUAUUUAUAUGGACGCCCAUUUAAAAUACUGACAGACCAUAAACCACUAGUAUACUUGUUCAAUAUGAGAGAUCCUUCGAGUAGGCUCAUGAAAUUUAGAAUCAUAUUAGAGGAAUAUAAUUUUGAAGUAGAAUAUGUUAAAGGUUCUGAAAAUGCAGCUGCAGAUGCAUUGUCUAGAAUCACAUUAAAUGAUUUAAAAGAAAUGCACGAAAGUGUUAUUAAUGUUAUGACAAGAGCGGGCGCAAGAAAAUUAAAUAAACUAGAUUCAUCGGUAGAUAUGGAUGCUUUAGACUUGAGGCCUGAUCAACCAAAGGUCGUAAGUACCCAUAUAAGACCGAAAGAAUCAGUAGAAUUAAAACUUAUUGAUAUUAAGGGACUAAAACAAUUUAAAAAAGAAGGAAUUAUCACAAAAGAAAAUAAAAUAUUAUGCUAUAUUGAAAGUAAAAGAACAAUUUAUGUGAAAUUUCUAGAUUCUCAAUCACAAAUGACGCGAGGCGAAUUUGUGAGAGAUUUAGAUAAUUUUUGUAAUUUAUUAAAGUUAGAAGAAAUAUACAUAUUAAAGAGUAAAGAUAAUGAAAUUUUUAUAGAAAAAUUAUUAGAUAAAAUAAAAAACGAUAAGAAUAGGUCCGGACCGCGUAUAUGUAUUUUAAGUAAUGUAAAAAGAAUUGAGAAUAAACAUGAUAGAAAAAUAAUUUUAAAUGAUUUUCAUCUCUUGCCUAGCAGUGGCCAUGCUGGUAUGAGAAGAAUGUCAAACAACAUAAAGAAAUAUUAUUUCUGGCCUGGUAUUGAUAAAGAUGUUAGAGAAUUUGUAAAACGUUGCGACAGUUGUCAACGUCAAAAACAUUCAAUACCAAAGAAAGAACCAAUGGAAAUUACUAGUACAGCGCAUACUGCAUUUGAAAAAGUAUUCUUAGAUCUUGUUGGUCCUUUGGAAAGAGAUAAUGAUAAUUAUUCUUAUAUACUAACGUGUCAAUGCGAACUGACAAAAUAUGUAGAAGGUUAUCCCUUAAUUUCCAAAAAAGCUGAUGAAGUAGCAAGAUCGUUUGUUAAUAAUUUUAUUCUCAGGUAUGGUGUGCCAAAAUGUAUAGCUACAGAUAGAGGGAAGGAGUUUUUAUCAGAAAUUUUUCAAGAGGUAUGUAAAUUAUUAAAUAUUAAACAACUCAACUCAACAGCCCACCAUCACGAGUCCAUAGGAGCUCUGGAAGUCACUCACAAACAUUUGAAUGCGUUUCUACGUAUUCAAACAGAGAAUCACCCGGAGAUGUGGAGUAAGUGGAUUCCUUUUUGGUGUUUCUCUUACAAUACAGGAGUUCAUACUGAAACAGAUUUCACCCCGUACGAGUUGGUGUUUGGUAAGAAAUGUUCUCUCCCUAGUAAUCUGACAAAUGAUGUAGAACCUCUUUAUAAUUAUGAGAGCUAUCCACAUGAAUUGAAAUACCGUUUGCAACUUUCUCAAAAAGAGGCUAGAAAUAAUUUGUUAAGAAGUAAGAUAAAUAGAAAGUAUGUGUAUGACAAAAAUAUUAAUCCUGUAAGCUAUAAGGAAAAUGAUUUAAUUUUAGUAAAAAAUAAUACACCUAGUAAUAAAUUAGAUAAUAUAUAUUUAGGCCCUUAUAAAGUUAUUAAGGACAUACCACCAAACGUAGAGAUAAUAAAUAAGUAUGGUAAAAUAGACAUUGUACAUAAAAACCGUACAAAACCUUAUUAUAAAACGUAAAAAAUAGAUUAUAUUUUAUCAAUUUGACUGUAAAAAAAAUAUAUUAUAUAAAUUCAUUUUUUUUUUCAAUAAGUGCGGUGAUGUGAGGUUAGACUAAGUACCUAUUUAAUCUUCUAUUAUGUUAAUCUUUGUACCACCUAUAUAAUUGUGUUAUUCCUUCAAAUAUAGUAGUAUUAUUCGAGCAUUCACUCGUUUCAUUUACCUGACUACGUCACAC